AUGGCGCCUCCAGAUGACGAUGCGGUUGCUAUCAAUGGAGUCAUGGACCAUCAGAUACCCCCAGAGGUUCUCAAUCUGAACGGCGAAGCUCCCAACAACCGCAACGUCGAUCCUAUGUGGUUCCAACUGUUGGAAGCAGCCGCGAUGAUGCCGGCACAACAUGUUGCAGCAAACGAUAAUGAAGACACAGCGAAUGACACUGAAUCGCGAGGCCGCAAACGCAAGGCGUCAGACGAAGGAGGCCCCAAUCCUCGCAUGCAGCUGACCGACCAAGAACGGGAAUGGGCGCUAGCCAUUAAGCAAGCCAUGGCAGAAGAAGAAGAGAUCCUCGAGUCGGCCAUUAGUGAUAUGGAAAUUGCGGCCUUUGCCAUUGUGGACCGAGAUGACAUUGAGCGAUCCUUGGAGAGAGCCAUUUGCAUGCAAGCCUUUCGCAUGAUGUAUAACAUCAAUGACAAUGUCGAUGAGGCGAUUGACAUUUUGCGCAAGAAUAACAUUCAUCAUCCGGGAUGUAUUCUAUCCAUUGACGAAUGUCCCAACGACGAUGGCAAUGGAGCACACGUCAUGGUGGCCGAUAUGGCCAAGUUCAAUCCCCAAAGUGUCAUGGACGACCCCAAAGGAUACCGCAUCCUGCUGGGAGGCUUUUACUACCAGAUUCUAGCGACACAACCCGAUAUUCAAAGCAUUCGAGACGGAUUCCGGCAAGUCAUUGAAUGCGAUGGCGUCAGUUGGAGCAACAUUUCCUUCCAAUUGGAAUCCAAAAAAUGGCACGAACUAUUGUGCUUCGUCCCCAUGCUACGCAAGGAAAUCAAAGUUUUACGACAACCUUCCGUGCUGGCAUGUUUGCAUUCCUUUCUAAGGCCCGUCAUGAAAAAAUCCAUGUCCGACAAGUACACGUACGGCUUGGCAGAACUCGACAUUGAGUAUCCCGAGCGAAUCGACAACUUUUAUCUACAACCCACUCCGGAAGCGGCAUUGGAGGGCAUGUUGGAUCGCAUACGUCGAUUUCUCACGGUUCGAUACAAGAAUGAACGGUCGUUUCGACUGUGA